AUGAGUUGCCCAAAGGUUUACCACCGAUCCGAGGCAUCGAACAUCAGAUCGAUAUCGUGCCCGGAGCCCAACUACCGAACCGGCCCGCGUAUCGAGUCAACCCGGAGGGCGAAAGAGUUGGAGCGCCAAGUGUCAGAGCUCAUGUCCCCGGGUUACGUCCGAGAGAGUUUGAGCCCGCGCGCCGUCCCUGUUCUGCUCGUGCCUAAGAAGGACGGUUCGUGGCGUAUGUGCGUCGACUGUCAAGCGGUCAACAACAUCACCAUCAAGUAUCGGCACCCAAUACCGAGGCUGGACGAUAUGUUGGACGAGCUAAGCGGAUCAAGCGUCUUCUCAAAGAUCGAUCUUAAGAGCGGUUAUCACCAAGUCCGAAUGAAGGAGGGUGAUGAGUGGAAAACCGCAUUCAAAACCAAGCAAGGUUUGUAUAAAUGGUUGGUAAUGCAUUUCGGUUUAUCUAAUGUUCCCUCUACCUUUAUGAGACUUAUGAACCAUGUUUUGAGAGCUUACAUUAACAAAUUUGUUGUGGUUUACUUUGAUGACAUUCUCGUGUAUAGCUCGUGUUUAUCGGAUCAUGUUAUGCACCUUGAAUCUGUAUUGAUUACUCUCCGCGAAGAGCAAUUGUACGCCAACUUGAAAAAGGCCUCAAGGUGGAUGGAGAGAAGAUACAAGCUAUACAAGAGUGGCCCACGCCCACCAGUGUGUCGCACAUUCGAUCGUUCCAUGGCCUCGCCAGCUUCUAUCGGCGGUUCGUGA